AAGAAAAUGACACUUGUUGUUAACCUUGCAGCACGAGUUACUCCACUAUCUCUUCCUUUCCUCUUCAAACCCUAAACAAUCCUCCAAUUUUUCUCCUCUCUAACAAAAAAACCACACAAGAAUCUAAAAAAAAAAAUAAAAAUUAUCAAUUAUCUGUUUCUUCAGCAACACUUUCUCAGUGUUCGUUCUAAAAUGGGUGAACCAAACACGCCACAAGCUGGGUAUGGACACUGAACUUCAUCUUCAUAUUUUUUCUUCUUCUGCAUUGUGUUUCCAAUGGGAAAAGCCGAAGAAGAACUACAACACCUGCCACGUGGCGCCACCUCAUCAGAUCCACCGCAAAAUGCUGAGACAGAGUGUCGGUGUUCACGGAUUCGGAAACUCGUUGGUUUCAGAUGCAUUCUCGUUUUCCUCUUCUCUCUUGCUUUGUUUCUUUCAGCUUUGUUUUGGUUGCCCCCUUUUCUUCGCUUCGCAGAUCACAAGAAUCUUCACGAUGAUUCCAAAUACAAAGGUCAUGAUAUUGUUGCAAGCUUUAUUGUUAAUAAGCCAGUCACUGUGUUAAAAGAUAACAUUUCACAGCUCGCGGGUGAAAUUUUUGAUGAGAUAGAAGCUCCCUCUACUAAAGUGAUCAUCUUGUCUCUAGACCCGUUACCUAAGCCAAACAAGACAAAAGUGGUGUUUGCAGUUGAUCCAGAUGGCGAAUACUCAGAAAUGUCUUCGCCUGCCGUUAGUUUGAUAAGAUCAUUAUUUACGUCCUUGGUAAUACACCAAUCAGUUCUCCAGCUCACUUCAUCCUUGUUCGGAGAUCCCUACUUUUUUGAGGUGCUGAAAUUUAAAGGAGGAAUUACUAUAAUUCCACAACAGAAUGCAUUUCCUCUGCAGACAGUGCAAACAAAAUUCAACUUUUCUUUGAAUUUCCCCAUUUAUCAAAUACAAUCAAAUUUCAAUGAGCUGACAAGUCAACUAAAGUCUGGAUUACAUCUGGCAUCCUUCGAGAACUUGCACGUCAUCUUAUCAAAUUCCGAAGGUUCAACUGUAGAUGCUCCUACUACUAUUCAAUCCUCGGUUCUACUUGCGGUUGGGAUUCCUCCAUCAAAACAGAGGCUAAAGCAAUUGGCGCAAACCAUCAUGGGACCUCAUAAUCUUGGCUUGAAUAACACCGAAUUUGGUAGGGUUAAGCAUGUCAGACUUUCAUCCGUCUUGCAGCAUUCUCUGAACGGCAGUGAUACUGGCUCUGCAAGAUCACCUUCUCCUUCUCCUGUGCCUCAUUCCCCGCACCACCACCACCACCACCACCACCAUCAUCAUCACCAUCACAGUGAACAUCUCACUCCUGAAACUUCUCCAAUACCUGCACCUGCGCCUAAACCCAGGAAGGGUGUAACUCCACCCGAGGUUGGCUCUCCUGCUGCUACAAAUAGUGCCCCUGCACCACGGAAAAGUUCACGAGCUCAGCCUCCUGAUUGUCCAUUUGAGCGUAGGAAAAGGUCUAGGCGUAGUGGUGAGAGACAUGCUUAUCUAACGCCUGCUGUUGCUCCUAGUACUCAACAACAUUCUCCUGUUCCUAUUCCAUCACCAAAACCACAAGUUGAACCCCCUACCCCUACACAUGCCUCUCAUUCAGUACCUGCUUUGAGUCCUUUGCCAAAUGUAGCUUUUGCUCAUGCUGAGCCCCCACCUAAGAAUCAAGCGCCUGCAGAAUUUCACGGGCUAUCAUCAUCAUCAUCUUCUGCAGGUUGUAUUGGAAGUGUUAAAUGGAAACCUUUAAUAUUUCUUGUACUUGUGUUACAUGUGUAACAAAGUACUAAAAUUGUACUAUGAAUGUGAGCUACGCAAAGAGUGAGCUGCACAUAUAUAUGAGUGGAUAUAAGUUGUCAUCACGCAUGUAAAUAGUUGAUUAAAAAUAUCCAGACGGUGUAUGUAUGCAUUUUCAGGUCAAAGUCUACUAGUGGCAGGCCUUGAUUACAUGCAUUACCUUUGUUUUGUGAUGUAAGAUGAAAAGAAGAAGAAAGAAAAUGAAAGAAAAAAAAAAGAAGAAAAGUAACAUUUUUCUUUUAGUUUAUAAUCAUUUUAAUUUAAUAAAUCUCUAUGUAUGGUUCUAUUAGCCAGGUAAAGGUUAAUGUUGGAUGAGGUUCACGAGGAAAAUGUUCCACCAACGAUGACAAUGGAAAUCACGGUUUUAUCGUUGAAUUGCUAA